AUAAAACAAUAGAUUUAUUUGACCAGUAAUACAAUCCCAGGCCAUUAAACAUUUACACUCUCUGUAAGUAACUCUUUUUAAGCACUUGAAGACCAAAUAGGUACAUUUUAAGAACAUGAUGUUACAGUCAGAGCUGUGACUUUGAAUUUAAGUUGACAAUCCUAAACUUGCAACAAUCAACAAAAAACAGCACCUUAAGUUAAUUUUGGGAAAAAUCUUAGUAGUAGCAGCCAGUCACUGUUGGAACUUGGACCAAUGUUUGAGGGCAAGCUAGACAGUGGCUGUAAGGUGACGGUUAGCAGCUCUGGGGCUCCUAUUUAUUAUGUGGCCAACAACUACGUGGAAGCUGACUGAGGGCUUCACCCACAAUAAUCAUGGGAACUGGUGUUAGUGUAUCUGAUAAUUUUAAUUUUAGUAUCUUUUCUAGGACUAGACGAAUUGCCAUUCAUAAUCACCCUUAAAAUGAUUUUCUGAAUGAUUGGCUUUCCUCUAAGAGUAGAUCAGCCCUCCGGCGAUAGUGUAGGAAAGGCAAAUAGGGUAAUAAAGGAGGCUGUUGAAGAUAUUCAGUUCUGCAACUUUAUUGACACCACUUUAUUGUAAUGUAUACAUUGUACAAAACAUUGAUUGCACAUAAACAAUACUGGAAAACAUGUUUUGGCUCACUCGAUCUGUCAAUCUUGGAAAUAGAGUAAGAUAUCGUAAUAUAUUAAGAUAGAUAGCCACUAACCAUUGCUCCUCACUAAAUAAUUCCACAUUUUCUAUCAUCAAACAUCACAUAUUUUACGCAGCAACCAAUGAUCUAUCAGCAGAACUAUUUCACCACUUUCAUGCCUCUACACAAGAAGCUAUGGAGGAGUUUGUACUGUUUGACUUCACCAAACUACCGAACUUGCAUGGGUGGUCAGAAAUGUCAGAUGUUGUGAGGGAAGUAGGCAUGUCUAAGGCAGUAUUGGUUCUGCAGAAGACACAGAGGUUCCAGCGAGGAGUGCUCUUCACUAUGCUCAAUCCUCAGCCCAAUGGGGCAGGGUUUGCUGGGUUCCGGACAGAUACAGAGUUAGACCUGAGUGACUACAACACUCUCCGGCUCCACUGUCGAGGUCAGGGUGAGAACUACGGAUAUAAAGUUGUGCUGAGGCAUAAAAAUGAGAACACUGAACCGUUCCCUUCCUAUGAACAGAUGUUUCAGGCACCUAACAGAAAGUUUGAAACUGUGGACCUGCCUCUGGCCGGAUUUGAACCGUAUUAUCGCGGCAAGAAGCAGAAUCAGUCGGCGCCGCUAGACAAAAGUCAGAUCACCAACUUCGAGUUCCAGAUCUACGGUGGGGUCUAUCUCCCGGUGAAGCAGGCAGGGACCUCCUCCCUGGAGAUUGACUGGGUCAAGGCGGUCCCUUAGUCCCUCUUCAUAUACCAAUCUCUGUAACACUCUUUUGUGAUGAAAUUGGAAUAAAUGUUAACCUUUAUUGCUCAAUCAACCAGUGAAGAGUGAAAAGCAAAACACUAUUAAUAGUAACAGGUAUGUUUUCGGGGAUAAAUAGGUCUUAUUACAAGGUAGGAAUAUGCCACACACGUCGCGAAACAGGCUUUGCUGAGGUUGCAUGCAAAAUUUCAGAUCUGUAAUUCAUUUCAUUCUUAAUAUGUCCUGCUGGCAGAUAGAGAAAUAUACAAACAUACAGAAAAGAAAUUUAUACAAAGAUUACGCUCAGCCAAAUUUCACAAUUCCAUUCUGGUUGGACUUGCACCAUACUAAUAUUGAACAGUAAAUUUUACACCGUCUGUAUAGAUAAACUUAAAUUGUACUGACAUUUUCAAUGGAUAUAGUUCAAUUACAUAAAUAUGUUGGAGAACUUAAGGUAUAAAAACAGUUACACAGGCCUGCUGGUACUACAAUUGCGUUCACUUAAGAAUGAUUUAUUACUUAUUUUUCAUAAUAGAACUCAUUCUUGUCUAUUUACGAAUUGUUUCAUCCAAAAUACAAAAUCUACGAUCAAGUCUCUAUUGGGAUAUCUUGCCACAUGAAAUAUUUACAUUUGUGUUCGUAAGUUAGGUUUCAUAGCAGUGUUCAAUAGUACAAGAUCCAGAUGAGCUAAGGAGGGUACUACAACGCAAGAGUUUGCUGAAAUCAAAUCUUUUCACCAUCCUAUAACAUUAAAUUUCCAUUGUAUUGUACAUAAGACCAAUGUAAAAAUAUACAAUAACGGUCAGCCUAAACACAUGGAGUAAUGUGAACUAUCAUUGAACUCAGUGUUGUUUUUAUAGAAAUUAAGCUUUGAGCAAAAUUUCAUGACUAUAAGUCAGUUUGUUUUUUAAAUAUUGUGAGGAAAGAUAGACACAUAGACAGUAGAAAUUAGAUUUUUCUAACCUCUCGAGUGAUAGGGUUUGCUAAAGCUCAGCGAAUUAAAUUUUUAGCAUCCAUCCAAAUUUCUGUUAUCUACUGGUAGAGUAGGUAAGCUUUUUAAAAUUAUUUAGCAUCAUUACAUCUAAGAGGCCAACUGCCUUAUUGAGACCAUAAAAAAAUGUACUCUAAGUAUAGGUUUCUCUAAAAACUCAAUACUAUCUACGUUAUAAAUAUUAUUAUAAACUGUAUUUAUUAUUUUCUAGUGGAUAAGUCCUUUGCAUCUGAAUAGUUGUAAUAUGGUUCUGAUUUACAAAAAAAUUAUCUUAAUUUCUCUUCUCAUUAAAAUGUAGUUUGUUAUUGACAAUUUUUUUGUCCCAUAAAUGUCCAAUAUAAUAUCCAUAAAUGGACCAUAACAUCCUUGAAUGUGUUGCCAUUUGAAAAUGUGCCAUUAAAUGCUUUUAUGUGGCACAUUAACAAUAUAAUGUGCCAUUAUAUUGUUCACCCCAUUUAGGGAAGUGAACAAUUACUGCUUAAAAAUAAACCUCUGGAACUUUAAUGAGUACUUCUUAAAUCCGCUUUAAAUUUUAGGUCUAACUUGGCUCCUAAAUAACUAAUUUCCUAUAAACUAUUAUUUUAUUGGGUUUUUGUACAGUUCCAUUUUUAUAGCAUGAAAUUUUGUUGAUGUACCUUAAUGCAGUUUUCCCAAAUUUUAGGAUUUAAAACUUUUUAAUUGUUUUCAAGCAUAAUAGAGUUUAUAUUUUUGUACUGUAAUUUCAUGUGCUAUAUUAUGUAAUAAAAAGCUUGUUAAGUUUU